UCUCGUCCUCGUCGUGUAUAUAUAUACCCUCGUCACGAGGUGCUCUUGAAUUUCUUUUCUGAUAAAAAAAAUGGCAGCAACGAAUGAGAGAGUACUGACAAAGAUGGCUGAGGCUUUUAAUGAACUCGCCAACGAUGUGAAUUCUCGUAGCGCUCCGCCCCGACUUUCUCUGAGCAAGUUCUGUCGUGCUUGCCGACUACUUUCCCCACUUAUCGGUUGCAUGGGAAUCGCUUUUAGGUUCGCCGAUAUGGAAUUCUCUGCCAAGGUUGAUAGGCUUACAAAGGCAUCGGAGUCCAUCGAUACAAUAGAAGCUUUAAUUGAUCUAGACAUUGCACGUAACGCUGGAAAAAGUUCGGGCAGCAAUUCGCGAAACCUUAUCAGGGCGAACCGCUCGGUCGACUUGGUUAGAAUAAUGUGCGAGCAGAUUUUGGCUCAGAGGGGAAACUCCAUAACCGGUCCGAUUUUAACAGCAUACGGGCAGGUGUUUGGUCCAUACCAUAGUUUGGCUAUAAAGACAGCCGUCCGUGCUGCGGUAUUGACCCUUCCCACAAAGGCACGGUUGUUGAGAAAGCUAAAGGAAAAUGAGGCCUCUGCAAGGGUUUCGAUGCAGAAGUUUGUUAUUGCAUCCUCCGCUGUCAUACAAUACAUUAACAACCUGUUUCACUCGACGGAGUAUGGUGAUGAGUUGCUCGGAAUGAUAUAAUAACAUGGCUUCAUCAAGAUCGAUCUUGUCAAUGGGCUCGCGCACGCGUUUGUGUGUACGUGUACUUCGAAACUAUCUUGUAUUCACCUUCCAGAAUCUGGAAAUAAGGUUAUAAAGAAUAAAGCUUAGUGGAUCUAUG